AUGUCGACGACCGCAAAAUUGGAAGAGAAAUUCAAGCCUGCGCGCCGUGUCGCGGGCCAGAAACAGGAUGUCUGGUCGAUCGUCAAUGAGGCCGCGGCGGCGAGCCCCGUUCAGCCGAUCGUCAACAUGGGGCAGGGGUUUUUUGGCUACAAUCCUCCCAAAUUCAUCCUAGACGCGGCGAAAAGUGCACUCGAUAGAGUCGAGUGCAAUCAAUAUUCGCCCACGAAGGGACGCCCCAGACUGAAGAAGGCUAUUGCCGAUGCCUACACGCCUUUCUUCGGGAGGAAACUCGAUCCUGAAACGGAGGUCACCAUCACGACUGGCGCAAAUGAAGGCAUGUUAAGUGCGUUCAUGGGUUUCGUGGAACCCGGCGACGAGGUCAUCAUCUUCGAGCCCUUCUUCGACCAAUAUAUCAGCAACAUCGAGAUGCCCGGUGGCACGAUCAGAUAUGUGCCUAUGCAUCCCCCCAAAGAUGGCGCAGAGAGAACAUCGUCCGCCGCCAACUGGACCAUAGAUUUCGACGAGCUCGAAAAGGCAUUCAACCCCAAGACCAAGAUGAUCGUCCUUAACUCCCCGCACAACCCCGUAGGAAAGGUCUUCAGUAAAGAAGAGCUCCAACAGAUAGGAGAUCUAUGCCUCAAACAUGAAGUCAUCAUCCUCUCUGACGAAGUCUACGAUCGCCUGUACUACGUCCCAUUCACCCGCAUGGCCACAUUAUCACCUGAACUCGCCGACAUCACCAUCACGGUCGGGUCUGCGGGCAAGAACUUCUACGCCACGGGCUGGCGUGUUGGCUAUCUGAUCGGCCCACCCAACCUGAUCAAAUACGUGGCAGCCGCACACACGAGAAUCUGCUACUCGAGCGUGUCCCCUCUCCAGGAAGCCGCCGCAAUAGGCUUCGAAGAGGCUGACAAAGUCGGUUUCUGGGACCAAGCCGUCAAGGAAAUGAAGGGCAAGAUGGACCGCUUCUGCCAGGUCUUCGACGAGCUCGACAUCCCGUAUUCGAUCCCCGAGGGUGGCUAUUUCGUGCUCGCCAACCUGAAGAAGGUAAAGUUGCCCACGGACUAUAAGUUCCCAGAGCACGUCAAGGACCGACCAAGGGAUUUCCAGAUGGCAUGGUUUUUGAUCAUGGAGCUGGGGGUUGCGGCGAUCCCGCCGACGGAGUUUUACACCGAUGGAAGGGCGUAUCUCGCGGAGGAUUGGAUGCGCUUUGCCGUCUGUAAGAAUGAUGAUGUGCUCGAGGACGCGAAGGAAAGGUUAAGGGGUUUGAAGAUGUACUUCUCCUAA